AUGAGGAAUUAUGUUCUUCGGGCAGUCCGUUGCUAUAGUGCUUUGCUCGUAUCAUUUUCUCUGCUUCUAGUAUCAUUUCCCGUCCACUGCGAGAGGAAGCUAGUGGAGGUUCACCGAAUCAUUGCAGUUGGUGAUGUUCAUGGCGAUGCUGACAAUUUUCUCAAAAUUCUCCGUAUUGCAAAUCUGAUUGAGGACAGCGCGUCCGGGGCCUCGGAUGUGCUCGAUAGCCCACCGCGUUGGAAGUAUUCCUCGAGCCAAAUAAGUGACACAACCGUGAGAACGACUCUUGUUCAAGUUGGUGAUUUGAUCGACCGUGGAGAGCAGGACCUGGAGACUCUGAACAUUGCCAUCUCUCUUCAGGAACAAACAGCGCAAUCAGGUUCGCAAGACAAGGUUGUGCUGCUCAUAGGAAAUCACGAGCUUUUGAAUCUUCAAGGGCAUUACCAUUACGUCAACGAGAAGAACCAUGGUGGCUUUAUGAGCAAAGCACUUCGCGCAGAAGGAAUGAAGGUAACGGGGGUGUUUGGGAAGUACAUUGUAGAUAAUUUUAAGGUUGCGCAUAUUGAUGAAGGAGUUUUGUUUGUUCACGGUGGUAUCGAAACGGGAAUGAACAUCAAAGACGUUGAUGCGCUCAACGAAGAUGUUCGUAGUGCUUUGCGUCAAAACAUCUUUCGGCACUCAUUCCUGAGAAGCAGCGGCCCUCUCUGGACGAGGAAAAUGAUUAUGGAAAGCAUGAGCGACGAGUGCGCCGAUGUGGAGGCGGCGCUGAAGCAGCUCAACGCAUCACGCGUUGUUGUUGGCCACACUCCGCAGGAGUCGGGCCACAUUGGGCAGUAUUGUGGCGGGCAGGUCCUCGCUAUCGAUGUCGGCAUAAGUCGAUGGAUGUACGACAGGGCUGUGGCGCUAGAACUUGUGUUUUUGAAGUACACGGACAGCCUUACUGGCUCCAGCUCCUCUAGUUUCGUUGUCAGUGAGCUACGUGAAGGUGUUUCGGGGUUUUGCUACACAUGCGUGGAGGCAAGGGACGACACUGAUUCACCCAGAGGUGGUGGCUCUGUUGAGAAGGAUACUUACGACGACUUGUAA